AUGAACGACAGCGACGAUUUCGUCGUCGAGGAGCCUGUCCUGCCCGACGAUGACCCGAUGCGAGCAUUCGUUCCCACGGCUUUCGGGAAAACAUCCCGAGAGGCCAACAUCGCUGCGCAGAUAGAGCAGAGCAGAAGAGCUGUCGGCAACCCCACAGCUGCAAAGGUGAAGACCGAGACAAAAACGAAAGGAUCUCAGUCUGACUCGGAUGAUGACGACAGCUUCGAUGAUUCGGACGAGUCUGACGCCGAAGAUGAGUAUCCGGUUUCUCAUGAGCUCAUCCUCAAGACCCACGACAAACCAAUCACGACAGUCUCGCUGGACCCGGCUGGGUCGCGCCUGGCUACGGGCUCUCUCGACUCGACAGUCAACCUGCACGAUUUCUCGUCGAUGACACCCACGACGCUUCGCGCGUUCCGCACGGUAGAUCCUUGGGAGACCAAGAAGGCCGCCGCUACAACCGAGUCACAUCCCAUCAACCAUGUCGAGUUCCACCCGCUCUCCGGCGGCGUCUUCCUGUGCAUCACUGCGCAUCCACAGGCCAAGAUUAUGUCGCGUGACGGCGACAUCAUCACCGAGUUUGUCAAGGGUGAUAUGUAUCUCCGAGAUAUGCACAACACCAAAGGUCACGUCGGCGAAAUUUCGACUGGAACUUGGCACCCGACGGACAAGAACACGUGUGUUACGGCAGGCUCUGACAGCACGUUACGUAUCUGGGACAUCAACAACAAGAGGAGUCAGAAAGAAGUCAUUGUCUUCAAAUCCAAGGCUGCAGGCUCCGCAGGGCGCACAAGAAUGAGUGCGGUCGCAUGGGGAUCGCAGGCACAGGGUGGUCAGAACUUGCUCGUCGCUGCUGCCGUCGACGGCUCGCUCGUUAUGUAUGGCGGGGACGGACCUUUCACGAGACCUGCGGCAGAGGUUAGAGAUGCACAUAAGGCGGACACGUGGACCGGCGGUAUCGACAUCAGUGCGGACGGUCGCAUGGUGGUCACGCGGGGCGGUGACGGCUUCAUCAAGCUCUGGGACACGCGCAAAUUCAAGCAGCCACUUGUCACCGUGGCGCACCCUUCGACAUCUGACAGGUUCCCGAUGUCCAGCAUCAGAUACUCUCCGAAUUCCAGGUUCAUCCUGACGGGAUCUGCCACCGGCGACUUGCACAUCCUGAAUCCCGGUAACCUCAAGCCGGAGCUUGUCACACCCGUGACCCCGGGGUCGCCGCUGAUCGUCGCGGAAUGGCAUGAGAAAUUGAAUCAGGUUAUUACCGGCUCUGCCAACGGGGAGACUCGGAUACUUUACAAUCCAGAUAAGUCCAGCAGAGGAGCGCUCGAAGUCAUGAUGCGCGCUCCCAAGAAACGACACAUUGACGACAAUCCAGCCCUCACUAUGGACCAGGGCGUCGGGCUCUCGGGCGACAGCAUAAUUACCCCAGGAGCCAACGCGGGUGGUCGAGCAAAGGGGGGUGUUAGCGCAUCGGGCAAGUCGAGAGACCCGAGACGGCCGCAGGUGCCCCAGCAGACGCCGUUCAUGAGGAAUCAACCCGAUGAAAAGCACAUCGAGGAGAACAUUCCGUUGAGCCGCAUGCUGUACGAGGAUCCGAGAGAGGCGCUGCUCAAGUAUGCCGACAAGGCGAAGCAGGAUCCCAUGUUUACCAAUGCAUGGAAAGAUACGCAGCCGGUCACGCAGUAUGCAGAAGUGAGCGACGCGGAGGAGGAUGCGGAUCAGCCCGCUAAAAAGAAAGCCAAGCGCUGA